AUGCCCGAAGUCGACAAGCGCCAAGCCGCGCGCGAAGUCAUCGACAUCCUCCACGAAAUCGCAACUCUCCUUAACACACACCUCAACCGCCAACAACUCUCCUACUGCGUCUCGCUGAUCGAAAACGGCGUCAACCCGGAAGCGCUGGCCAAAGUGAUCAAAGAACUGAGGAUCCAAUACCCGGAGCCGGAGGAGGAGGAGGAUGAGGAGGAGGAGGGGUAG